UUCAGAUGUUUGCAUUAUUUUGUUUGCCAUCGAGAGGAUACCUGGAUUUGCAGAAAUUUACUUUACUAGACAAAAACCGAUCAUGACCGAUGGAUCCGGUUCGGUAGGGAUAAAGCUGGAUAACGACUCUGACAGCAAUAGAGUGGAUACAACUACCGGAGAACCGAACUGCAAGUCUUCGUCACUAUCGGAAAAUCGUUACUUCCGUCGAAAUUUGGAUACUGCAUUUCAGAAGUUUGGUCCCCAACAACCGCGUAAGAUUUUGAAAACUAGUUAUUUAGAUAGGUACAACCAAAAGGAUGUGGAGCAAUAUGUGAAUGAUUUUGCUCAGAAAUCGGAGGAAUGUGUGUAUGGGAAAAUGCGCGACUGCUCCGAAUUUGUUCAAGUUACCAACUGGAGCGAACUACUGCACUCGGCCGGAAUGAAACACACGUGCAACAAUGAACUGGCUCUGACGAUGAAGAUGAUUGCCAUGACGGAGCAGUUUCCAGAUCCCAAACACGUCAAAGGGGUCGAUUUUAAAUUAUUAUAUUUAAAUCUGUCAAAUAUGAUGAUGGGAUAUCCGGUUCAAGAGAUGAAUACAGCUACGAACAAAUUACUGAAAGAUGUUUACGAGGAAACUGAUUCAAAGUUAAAACAAUCGGACACCAGCGAAAACGAGGCUCUUCUGUGUCAACGUUUGAAUAGUAUCAUUCCUCCCAGAGAGUCAUCAUCAGAGAGCUUGGCGAACGAGGACUUGUCUGUGUACUUCGCUGACUCCAACCUGAACCCAUUGCAAAUUGAUUUCGCAAAACUGUUCUAUGUUUCUUGUGGAUUGCCAGGAGGAAAAUAGGACUAAUAAAACGCACUGUUGAAUUUAA